GGCAAACAAGCGCGGUGACGCAGUUUGUAUGCGCGGUGAGCGGCCUAGCGGAGCCGAGACCGGGAGCCGACUUCACCGAGUUGACGAUGUAUUUAGCGGCUACAUGGAGGCGGCAGAUUCUAGUGUUGUGUGUUGUUCCGUGCUGGGAUUAAAUGCAGGCUGUUUCUUUAUUUCUGCUCCCUAUGAAGCCUGGUGGUGAGCUACAAUACGUUGAGAAUUGACAGCUUGUUCAUCUGUGAGCUUCCAGCUGAAAGACAAUGGAGCUGCUUAAUAUAACCAGGGACAUCAUCCAACGGCAGAUAAAGGAGCGGAACACUCUGCAGUUUGAGCGUCGAUACCAUGUCAUUGAUCCAUUCAUCAAGCGAUUGGGCCUGGAAUGUGAGCUUGAGGGUCACUCUGGCUGUGUGAACUGUCUGGAAUGGAAUGAAAAGGGCGAUUUGCUGGCCUCUGGAUCAGAUGAUCAGCACACCAUUCUGUGGGAUCCUUUUAGCUGCAAGAAAUUGCUGACUAUGCAUACUGGACACACUGCUAAUAUAUUCACAGUGAAGUUCCUUCCUCACUCGAAUGACCGCACACUGAUUACUGGGGCUGCUGAUUCCAAAGUGCAUGUCCAUGACUUGACUGUAAAGGAAACUGUUCAUAUGUUUGGCGAGCACACCAAUCGUGUGAAGCGAAUUGCAGCAGCUCCCAUGUGGCCCAACACAUUCUGGAGUGCAGCAGAGGACGGAACAGUCAGACAGUAUGAUCUAAGAGAGAGCAGCAAACGCUCACAGAUACUGGUAGACCUCACAGAAUACUGCGGACAGCAUGUGGAGGCCAAGUGCCUGGCCAUUAAUCCUCAGAACAACAACUAUCUGGCUGUCGGGGCAAGUGGGCCCUUUGUGCGUGUCUAUGACGUUCGCAUGAUUCACAAUCAUAGAAAAGCAGUAAAGCAAAGCUCAGCGCCUGGAGUGCAUACCUUCUGUGACAGAUACAAAUCUGUGCCAGAUGGAGCUGUUCAGUAUUAUGUAGCAGGUCACCUCCCGGUAAAACAACCAGAUUAUAAUAAUCGUCUUCGAGUGCUCGUGGCCACUUAUGUGGCCUUCAAUCCCGAUGGAACUGAACUCUUGGUCAACAUGGGAGGGGAGCAGGUUUAUUUGUUUGAUCUAACGAAUAAGCAAAAGCCCUAUACAUUUUUGCUACCCAAGAAGUGCCACUCUAAUGAUUUACAGAAUGGAAAAUCAAUGGCUAAUGGAGUUACAAAUGGAAUUCAUCUUCACAGUAAUGGCUUCAGGCUGUCGGAAGCAUGGCCACAAAGUAGUGUUCCCUAUGAAUUGUCACCACAUUUAGAGAGGCUCAAACAGCAAGCAAAUGAUGCCUUCUCCCGACAACAAUGGACACAGGCCAUUCAGCUUUAUAGCAAGGCCAUUCAGCAAGCAGCCAGAAACCCCAUGCUUUAUGGUAACAGAGCUGCAGCCUUCAUGAAGCGCAAAUGGGAUGGAGACCAUUAUGAUGCUCUCAGAGACUGUCUGAAAGCAAUUUCUUUGAAUCCCUCCCACCUGAAGGCCCAUUUUCGCCUGGCACGUUGUUUGUUUGAGUUGAAGUAUGUUGCUGAGGCUCUGGAGUGCCUUGAUGACUUUAAGGGCCGUUUUCCUGAACAAGCCCAUAGCAGUGCCUGCGAUGCACUAGACCGAGACAUCAAGGCUGUGCUCUUUGCAAAGAAUGAUAACUCUGAUGAGAAAAAGGCAGGAACUACGACCCCAAUCCGUAUCCGAUCAAGUGGCAGGAAAGACUCCAUCUCUGACGACGAGGUGAUCCUGAGAGAGCGUGGUUAUGAUUAUAAGUCCCGUUAUUGUGGCCAUUGCAAUACCACCACUGACAUCAAAGAAGCCAACUUUUUUGGAAGUAAUGGUCAGUACAUUGUCAGUGGUUCCGACGAUGGAUCCUUUUUCAUCUGGGAGAAAGAGACGACAAACCUUGUUCGUGUUCUGCAGGGUGACGAGUCAAUUGUAAACUGUCUACAACCUCACCCAAGGCACUGCUUCCUCGCAACAAGUGGCAUUGAUCCUGUGGUUCGUCUCUGGAGUCCAAGACCAGAGAGUGAAGAUCAAAAUGAAAGAGUGAUUGAGGACAUGGAAGGGGCUUCACAAGCAAACCAACGACGAAUGAACGCAGACCCCCUAGAAGUAAUGCUCUUAAAUAUGGGAUACAGGAUCACUGGACUGACCAAUAGUGGGAUGGCCUCAGAUGAUGAAGAAAACUCCGAAGGCCAGGUGCAGUGUCGGCCAAGUUAAGAAGCAACUUGAAGAAUAGCGUACUUGGGACAGACCAGCAAACAACCAUCAGUUUAGUGUCUGUGGCUGAAACACUACACUGUCCUCAGCUACGCAUAAGCCAUGUUCAAGAAGCAAUGACAGGGUUUGCAUCCUUUCCAAUGUCUAUCUCACUCAUAUGGAUGGACCCUAUACCAGUCUGCAGAAGCUUCAGCGAUGUUGCAGCCCUCUAGUGAACAGCUAACUGGGUCAAACCUGACCUAAGACACAUAUAGGAGACAAAUUGUUUCUGGUGACUGAGAAAGACAUGUUUGAUAAGCAGAACUUUUUGUAAAUUGUUUAGAUGCUGCUUUCAGUUUGUAUAAAUGCUUCCUCUUCUAUCACAUUCAGUCCCCUUGUGGUGACAGUCCAUCAGCAACAAACAGACAGUAAUACUGUGGUAAAGCAAAUUCCAUUAACAGACCUGGGGUCAACAGUUUGAGUCAGUAUUUCCUGAUGCAGUUUUCAUUGUAGGAUGUAGAGAGUCCCUGUCCUUGAUCAGGUCCUUGGAUAACACACUUGUGGCUCUUCUGUCCAUCUCUACGCAGUCAUAGAGUGUCCAAGCAAUGGAAUUUUGGUGCACCAGCUAUGCUGAUGUAAGAUUAUGGGAAGCAAUCCAAUUGUAUUUGCUGUGAGAUUGACAAUAACUAUGGUCAAGUAUGGGGCUGAUUCAGGAAUACCUCAGUGCUCGGCCUGUGAACAAUCUGGGUGGGUUUCUCCCCAUAUACAUCCCCAUACACUUGGUCUGUUCAUUACACUCCCAGCACUCCCACUUCACAUUCAUUCAUUCAUUCAUUCUCUCUCUCUCUCCCCCCCUUUUCCCCUUCCCCCCCCUCCCCAAACCCAGUUCCCUUCACUCCCCUCUCCCUACCCCUCCUGUACCCCUUCAUGCUCUCUCUUGAUUUUCCACCCUUCCUGGCUGUUUUACCGCUCUAUGCUUCACUGCCUAUCGUUAAAUACUGAUUCUGUGAUUACUGUCUGCUUUCCAAUACUUGGAAUGUCCAGUGCUCCUAAUAAGGAAUCCCUAGGAUUGUAUUGCAGAGUCAGAUCUUAGUCCUGUUAGGAUCUCGGGAUAAUGUCAUCUCUGAGAGAAGAUUUGGUGAGAAUAUGCAAUGUGGAUUUAUUAUCUUUUGGUUUCUUUUUGCUGCCUGCACCAUUUGAUGAUUGUCGCAAUGUAUGCGCUUACUUAAAUAUUGUGUUACCAGCUUUGCAUAAAUGCAGCGCUACUGAUGGUGGAGCAGGGAGUGGGUGAUCUGUAGGUCUCAUUCUAAUUCCUAAUUUUCUAUGAAGUGGAGAAAAUUUUAUUGGGUAUUUGAAAGGUGUAGAGUGAGGUAGAGGAUAAAGUUUCACUUCUGGGAGAAGUAGUGAGUGCGUAAUGCUGGCAAGAAUGUGUCUGGAGAAGGCGGCAGGCGAACACAACCAUUUUAUAACCAUAUUGAAUGGAGUGCAUGACAAGACUGGUGAAGUUGGUGAGCAAACUAUCCUUCCACUUCUGAACUCUAACACUGGGCAAAUAUCCUGUCACAGUGAGAGUUUCAAUUGAUUCUACUUGAAGUGAAUGAAAAUAUUACACACAAACUAAUCAUUUUAGCCAGAAAGAUGGCAGAUGUGGAAAAUGGAAUACCUUAGACAUGUUUUGGUGUAGGUUCCUCAGUACAAGGGUACUUUUCAGUGGGUAUAUAGGGAAGACAACACAUUGUACAGCCAUUGUGCACGUGAUCUGAUUCUUUCAGUAUUUGCUGCCAAUGAGAAUGUACAAUACAGAGGCUGUUUUAUUUACUGACACCAUCACUUUCUGUACAGGCAAGUUCAUCAUGGGUAGAGGCUGUUUGCUGUGAGGCAAGUCUUGUCAGAUUACACUUGAUGUUCACAUAUUGAUGGAUUGGAAACUGGUUCACUUCUCUGCUACAUCACAUGUUUAUCAAUUUACUUUGAAGGUCACUAAUUUGCUACUUUCAUGAGAGUGGAAGGAUUUGUUGGUUCCAAUCCACAAAAUUGGGUCAAAAACCCCAUCAUCUGCACAAUGACAGAACUUAAUUGGUUUAGUCACUGAUUACUUGCAAUUACUGCCCCAGCAAUUACUUUUCUGGUUAAUUGCUCAUUUGAACUACUUACUGAUUAAAUACAGAGGGUGAGGUGUUUAAUUAUUUAAGACGUGUCUCUUGAGAUUUCCAUUGGAUCUUCAGGGUUAGUACUUGACCAAGAGGUGCCCCAGAGCACAAAGGGGACAUGGUAUGAUUGAGAUGUUGCCAGAAUCCAUAGUUAACUGCCAGCUACUCCCACUAUCAGACAUUAUGCAUAUGACUGCAUUGCUGAAUUGUUAAGUAUAAUUUAGGUUAUGAUGUGGUUAUGAAUCAGAAUUUUUUUCAAUAUAAAAUCCUGCCUGAGUUUUUGACUAAGACUGUUGCUCAUUUGCAGUUGCUAGAGCCUUGAAUUGAAGCUGUAACUGACACUGGGGUUAGUAAAUACAAUCUAUCAAUGGUGGCAGUGGGAUUAUCUGAGGCUGGGUUAUUGGCUGAGUCAGUGUAGUGAGAUUGAUGGGUCAGUAAUUGCACCUCCACCAAGAGUUCGGUGCCAAUUCUAUGUUUAAACCUCACAGUUUGUUGCUCCUGUUCUUGUCUGUGUUUUGAUGAUGAAUUGCCCGUGGGAAGCUGCUAACUGUAAAAUUAAAUUGUUACUCCAGAGUUGUGAGUUUUGCCAGCAUUAAAUGGCCAAUUUAGCAAAGUGUUGGUUUUACUAUAAUUCUUACUUAUAAAGGAACUACUGCUUUCAACAAACUUGUUACUCCCAAUGUACAUCAGUGCAAUAAAAA